AUGGGCAUCCUGCAUACCGACGAGGUGGACACCUGGGACGGCGAAGAGUUGUCGAGCGAUGCCGUGUUGCAGUUUCUGAACAAGACGGUGCCAUUCCGUUGGGCGCUGGCUCCAAAGAAGGGCAAGCCCAAGCCCAAGAAGAAGAAGAAGAAGAAGAACGAGCUGACCCCCGAGCAGCUGAAGAGGAAACAGGCCUACACGGAGAGCGUCGCCAAAAACCCGGUUCGCCACACACUCGGCUGCUUGCCCACCGUGGUCGGCUUCCUCUUCAUGUUGCCCGUGUUCACCAAGAGGCUGUGCGAGGAGCUCACCUCGGGCGCAAAGGAGUUGAUGAGCAUCAACGGCCUGUCGGAGAGUGCCUACUGGCUGGGAAACCUCUUGGGCGCCUUCUUCGAAAUGUUCCUUGUACAGACGCCGCUUAUCACGCUGUUUCGGUACGAUCCUAUCAGCGGGGCGUCGGGCCUGUGGACGAAGAGUGAGACCACGGUGCUUGUCGUGUUCUUCACCAUCUACUCUGCCGCGGCCUCGUGCUUCGCCAUCAUCAUCGCCAUCGUCAGCCCGAGGCCGAAUAUCGCGGCCAUCCUGACGUUCAUUGUGAUGGUGAUGACCCUGAUCCUGCCCAUUACCAUCCUGGCGGUAUCCGGAGCCACCCUCAACGACAGGAAAGACACGACGAAUCCUUACAACUUGAUCUACCAGGCGGUGUGCCUCUUGCCCAAUGUUGGCUUCGCCUAUGGCAUCACGCUCAUCUGUGAGAGCGAAGAACUGGGCGAAGGCAUCACGUGGAAGAACUUCGCCUCGCACAAGAGCUUCCACCAGCUGUCCCUUCGCAAGAUCUCCAUCGCCCUGCUCACGUCGUGCUCCGUAAGUCUGGCCCUGGCCUGGUACCUCAAGAACGUCUGGCCAUUCGGCUACAGCUUCCCCAAGCCGUGGUGGUUUAUCUUGAUGCCCAAGUACUGGGGCCUCUACGGAAGCGCGGGUAUCUCAGCAGAAGACGCCAAGGGGAUCAAGGAGGACCCCAACCUGUUCGAGCCCGUGGCCGACACGUUGGAGCCAAUCAUAGUAAUUUACAAGCUCAAUAAGAAUUUCGGGCCAGUCAUAUGCCGUACAGUCAUCUUGAAAGACGUCACCUUCAAGAUCUUCCAGGGCCACAUAACAUCUCUCCUUGGAAGGAACGGCGCCGGCAAAUCGACUCUCCUCCGAACAAUCGUUGGGUCGGUGAAACCGGACAGUGGCACAUGCUUUGUGAACGGCAUGGACGUUCGCAAGCAGAAGAAAGGGGUGCGGAACGCGAUCGGCUACUGUCCGCAGCAUUUUGCACUUUACCGCGAGAUGACCGUCGAGGAGAACCUCUGGCUGUUCGGCAGGAUCCGUGGGAUGAAUGACAAUCAGACCGUGGACUCCCUGCAGCUGAUCGUGAUGUCAUUCCAGAUGCAGGACUACAAGGACAAGCUCGUUAAACGCCUCAACACUGGCCAAAAACGGAAGCUGCAACUUGGAAUUUCUCUUAUCGGUGAACCACAGAUGCUGCUGCUGGAUGAACCCACCGUGGGCUGCGACACGGAGGCGCGCAAUGCUCUGUGGCAUGCCAUCCUGAAAAACCGUGCCCAGCGAGGAAUCUUGCUGGCCACAAACUCAAUCGAGGAGGCCGACAUCCUCGGGGACCGAUCCGCCAUCAUCUCCACGGGGAGCGUGCGCUGCUGCGGCUCUUCCAUCUUCCUGCGGAGAAAGUACGGAAUCGGCUACCGGCUGCAUAUGACGACGACUGAGAUGCCGAACGUGAAGCACAUUGUCGGCUUCCUCAAGACCGUCGUCGAGGGCGCCGAGGUGUUCCUCGAGCGUCGAGGCUUCCUCGUCUUCUCCCUCGGCAACCCUGAGCACUCAAAGCUGGUCAAGCUCAUGCAGGCUAUCGAGGCAAACAAGCGCAAUCUCGGCAUCUUCACCAUGGGCCUGGCCGCCACCUCGCUCGAAGACGUCUUGCUCAAGGUGGACGAAGAGAACGUGGGCAUGGAGACGGACGAGUCCAGUGAUCCUGAGAGCAGCGGAGCUAUUGGCGACCUGGCAAUGAGCAAGCCUAAGGAGUCUACCGAGACGAAGAGUGGCAAGGACGAAGAACCCUACAAGCGGGACUUCGUUCCGGUGACGGGCUUUCGUCUGUGGCGGCUUCAGUUUUGGGCGCUCAUGUGCAAGAAGAUGAGCUACUGCAAGCGCAGCUACCUGGCCAUCCCGCUGCUCGUGGCCACCAUCUUCGUUACGGCGCUCAUACGCACACUGUCCUACUUUCUGUUCCACUUUGACCUUGCCAAGUACGUCCAUCUCCAGAAAGAAGCGCUAUCGCCGACGGCCACCGAGAUUGCCCUUCUUCAGAAGGAACCAGCCUUCAAAGAAUUGUACUACAUGAUCCGCGAAGGCCCCAAGGCUCCGCUGUUCAAGUUCGACAUCCAAAAGGUGUCGGACAACGUGGUCGACCCGGUGUUCACGGUGGUGCUCAUCGCCCGCAUCGUCGACUCGCUCACCAUCCCGCUCUUGCUGUCGCUGCUGGCGGCCGCUUACGUCUUCCUGCCCACCGAGGAGACCUUCACCAAGGCCAAGGCCAUUCAGCUCAUGACCGGCAUCUCGGCGACGCGCUACUGGUUCAUGAGCUUCUUCAUCGACAUGCUGUCCUACACCAUCGCGUGCAUCAUCGCUUUGCUGCCGCUCUUCAUCAUCGAUCCCUGGGGACUCACCAAAAAGGCCAACAUCAUACUGU